GAGCGCUGUGGCAGCCCCAAAAAGGCGCUGCAGAAGCGCUGUGGCAGCCCCACGCUCGACGCAGACGAGCAGCAGGCUCCGGAGGCGACGCAGACGAGCAGCCGUCGCUCCAAAGGCAGCCCGCGCGGCGCGAGUAGAGCUUUGCUGGGGAAAAGCGUGAGGCCAGCGCCCGCGCCGUGUGGCAGCAGCAUGGCUAAGCUGGGCAAAUCGUUCAAGGGCCGGCCCGCCGGCCUCGUCAUGGAGAAGAAACCGGCCGCGACGGUGCCCGCAACAAAAACUAAGAAGAAGCCGAAGCGCCCGAAGAACUACGCCAUGCGGCCCACGACGGCGACGCUUGCAAGGCGCACGACCAAAUUUGAAGAAAGGAAGCCCGCGCCGCCGCCGUCCUAUCUAGGAUUGAAAGGGAGGGCGAGAGGCCCGUCGCUCCACGACCGGCCCCAGUCGCGGAACGGCGUGCCCGGCGCGUUCAAUCCCAAGGUCUUCAACACGCAGCGGUUGGUACGGGGCACGGACACGCGGGAGUGGACCAGGGGCGAAGCCGCCUUCGCUAGGAAAACCGCGUGGUACGCCGACCUGGCGACUGGUGGAGACGCGCCGCGGCCGCGCUCGGCGUCGCUGCCGAGCGGGCCGCGCAGUGACGCCGGCGUGCAUAAUCGGCGGGCGCCCGACGGUCUGUGGUACACGCACGUCGAGCCACCCCUACCGGACGAGGAUUUGGAUGAUGAACGCGCGACGGGCAAGCCCCACUUCGUCCCGUAUCAGCGGCCGCAGACGGCGAAACGGAGGAGCUACGCCGAUCAACUGCGCGCGGACAGCUAUCGGGCCGAGGAGUAUUCGGUGAAGACGCUCGUAAUUCAACGAUAG